GAUGAGGGGUGGUCUCUGCAUUCAGAAGUCUCCUUCACUGGUAUUAAUGUGCCUGUUUUUACGCUGUAUACAGCCUUCUUUCAUGUCCAUACAUACAAACACAUACACAAAUACACACACAUUGACGGAUAACCAAACUCUGGGUUCAUCAUGACUCUGCGGGAGGAGGUAAGGAGCCGUCAGUUUUGGCGGGCCAUGCUGGCUGAGAUAUUAGGCUCUUUGAUCUUCAUAUCGGCUGUGUUGGGCUCUUCACUGCGAGGGCCUGAUGAUGCUUCCUCUGGGCCUCUGUACCCAGCACUGGCUGCAGGCAUGGCAGCAGUUGGUCUGGGACACUGCUUUGGAGAAAUCAGUGGGGCGCAGGUGAACCCUGCUGUAACUCUUGCUUUGUUGACUACACGAAGACUGGAUGUGCUAAGGGCGGUGGUCUAUGUCUUUGCCCAGUGCUUAGGGGCCACUCUAGGGGCUGGAAUCCUCUACUUGGUCCUACCUUUGAAAUCUACAGCAGAGAUCUAUGUCAACAAGCUACCCAUGGAGGUGAACGCAGGGCAGGCUUUGGGGAUAGAGAUGCUAGCUACCUUUCAGCUGGUAUUCACCAUCUUUUCUGUGGAGGACCUGCGCAGGAGAGAGGGGAGUGAGCCUGGCAACCUGGCCAUCGGCUGUUCUGUCAGUGUUGGCAUCUUUACUGCCGGAAGAAUCUCUGGUGGCAGUAUGAACCCUGCACGCUCUCUUGGACCUGCCAUUGUAGUUGGAUACUGGGAACAUCACUGGGUGUACUGGAUUGGGCCAGUGUUGGGCGCAGUGUUGGCCGGGGUGUCUCAUGAGUUCUUUUUUGCCCCGAGUGCUUCAAGGCAAAAGCUGCUGGCAUGUCUCACCUGUAAGGACAUUGAGAUCAUGGAGACAGCCAGUGUGUCCCGCUCAUCUCUGUCUACUGUCACACAGACAGCAAUGAGAGCCAAGCAGACGAAUAAACUUGAGCACAACUGAA